AUGGGUGAAUAUCAGGAUGUGGCUCUUGGCGGAACCUUUGAUCAUCUGCACGCAGGACAUAAGAUUCUACUCUCCAUGACGGCUUGGAUUACUAACCACCGAGUUGUUUGCGGUGUUACAGAUGAUUCUAUGCUCAAGACAAAGAAGUUCAAAGAAUUUAUGGAGCCAUUGGAUGACAGAAUUAAGGCUGUAGAAAGGUUUUUACAUACAUUCAAGCGUAAACUGGUGCUAGAGGUGGUUCCGAUUCAUGACAUAUACGGACCAACUAUAACGGAUAAUAAGUUGCAGGCACUCAUGGUCUCGAAGGAAACAUUAAAAGGAGGGGCAGCAGUAAAUGAGGAGCGAAGCAAGCGCAAUCUAAGCCCACUCAACAUUGAAGUCAUCAAUGUCAUUUCACCAACAGAGAUCCAAGUGGACGAGGUCAGUCGCAAGAUCAGUUCAACCUACAUCCGCCAAUAUCUUUCAGAACAAGCUCAAGAUCUGGCAGCACACGCUGGCAUCAUCUAG